GUCCCCGUCAGAAAAACUGUUUAAUCGAUCGGACAAGUAGAAACCGUUGCCAACACUGUCGGUUACAGAAAUGCCUCGCUGUGGGGAUGUCUCGAGAUGCUGUAAAGUUUGGCCGAAUGUCCAAAAAGCAGAGGGACAGCUUGUACGCAGAAGUGCAGAAGCACCGGCUGCAGCAGCAACAGCGCGACCACCAACAGCAGCCCGGAGAGGCCGAGCCCUUGACGCCCACCUACAGCAUCACCCCCAACGGGCUCACCGAACUGCACGACGACCUCAGUAAUUACAUUGAUGGGCAUACCCCUGAAGAACAUCUUGCACAGAACAUUUCCAAAUCACACAUGGAAACCUGCCAGUACUUGAGGGAGGAGCUGCAGCAGAUAACAUGGCAAACCUUUCUACAGGAAGAGAUUGAGAACUACCAGAGCAAGCAGAGGGAAGUCAUGUGGCAAUUGUGUGCGGUGAAAAUCACAGAAGCAAUACAGUACGUUGUGGAGUUUGCCAAACGCAUCGAUGGCUUUAUGGAACUGUGUCAAAACGAUCAAAUCGUGCUUUUAAAAGCAGGGUCUUUAGAGGUUGUGUUUAUCCGAAUGUGCCGUGCCUUCGACUCCCAGAACAACACAGUGUACUUUGAUGGCAAAUACGCCAGCCCUGAUGUAUUCAAGUCAUUAGGUUGUGAAGAUUUCAUUAGUUUUGUUUUUGAAUUUGGGAAGAGUUUAUGUUCUAUGCACCUUACCGAAGAUGAGAUCGCAUUGUUUUCAGCUUUUGUUUUACUCUCGGCAGACCGAUCAUGGCUUCAGGAAAAGGUAAAAAUAGAAAAGCUGCAACAGAAGAUUCAGUUAGCACUUCAGCACGUGUUGCAGAAGAACCACCGAGAAGACGGAAUCUUAACAAAGCUAAUAUGCAAAGUGUCGACACUGAGAGCGCUGUGUGGACGACAUACAGAGAAGCUCAUGGCGUUUAGAGCAAUAUACCCAGACAUUGUGCGACUUCAUUUUCCUCCCUUGUACAAGGAGUUAUUCACUUCAGAAUUUGAGCCAGCAAUGCAGAUGGAUGGGUAAAGGUAUUCCCUAAGCACUUCCUAGAAUGUCUGAAGUAGAAACUUUACAAAUGGGGGGG